AUGGCCGACGAAACUAGUGACGUGGGACACCAUGAACAGAUGGCUGUGGCUGUACGCUACUUUGAUGAAGAUUUAUGUAAGCCCGUUGAGCAAUUUAUUGGUAUUCAACGUUUGACUGCAGUAGAUGCUAAUACAAUAUUUAAUAGCUUAACAAACAAAAUUGCGCAGUUAAAUAUCAAUUGGACAUCGGUUAUAGCUGUAUGUUUUGAUGGAGCUUCAGCUAUGAGUGGAAAAUUUAAUAGUGUACAGUCUAAAGUCAAAGAAAUCAAUCCAUCUGCAAUGUAUGUUCACUGCUAUGGCCAUUGCCUAAAUCUGGUAUUGGUUGAUAGCUUAGGGAAUAAAAACCGGGUUGUUUUUGAUUUUUUUGGAUGUGUCCAGCUAAUUUACAGUUUCAUUGAAGGGAGUCCAGUGAGGCAUGCUGUUUUUGAAAAAAUUGUUAAUGAAACAAAUUCCAGAUUGAAAACUCUCAAAACACUUUCAACAACUAGAUGGGCAUGUCGUGCGGAAGCUGUUACAGCUGUAGAAAAAAACUUUUCUUCUGUUAUUCAGUGUCUUGAAGAAAUUUCUGAAAACACUAAAUAUUCAGAGGUGAGGGCUAAAGCAAAUGGUCUUAUCUGUCAAAUGAAAAAUUUCAACUUUAUUUUUGCAUUAUAUAUGUUAAAACCUAUAUUAAUACAAAUCCAAAUUGUCAGUGCUCAAUUACAAGCACCCAACUUGAAUUUAUUAGAUGCAGUAUCUAUUGUAAAUGCAUUGAAAAAAUCUAUUAGUGAGUUAAGAAACGACGAAGAUAACUAUUCUAAACUUUAUGAAAAAGUUCUUACUGAAGAUUGCUACAAAAAUUGA